UUGAUUGAGUGUUGAUAGUAGUUGAGGAAGAAAAGUCCAAGUCUCCAACGGAUCGGUCAUUGGUCUUUAAGCAAGAGAAACACCAUUAUUAGAAUCGAACAUACAAAAGAUGAAGUGAGUGGAUGAAUUUUAAUGUCGCGAUGGAUCGGGUGGUGUUCUUCCUACUGGUUCUGUGUUCAGUUCCCUCAUCAAUGGCAUCAUCAUCGCUAACGAACACUCUGAAACAAGGCGAUGCAUUGAGAAUGAACUCCUCUAACUCCACUUUUCUUAUUUCUGCCAAUUACAACUUCACCUUAGGAUUCUUUACGCCGGAGAGAACCAAAAGGACUUACUUAGCAAUACGGUUUUCAGAGAGAGAUUGGGAUGUAUCGGUGUGGAUAGCCAACAGAGAAACACCUCUCCCCACAAAUGAUUCUGCCGGACUUCAUAUAGAUGCUUAUGGGAGAUUAGUACUCACAUAUACCCAAGAACAAGUACAAGGAAAACCUUACCUGCUUUCUUCAAAGCAAACUAGCCUUAAUGUCACAGCAACUUUACUGGAUUCCGGCAACUUCGUACUCCGGGAAGUCAACGCCGAUGGUUCAUUCGGGGAGGAACUAUGGAGUAGCUUCGACUAUCCCACGAAUACCCUUUUUCCGGGGAUGAAGUUAGGAGUGAACCAUAGAACGGGAAGGAACUGGACUCUAACAUCAUGGAAAGACGAUCGUUUUCCGGCGGCCGGGGCAUAUAGUCUAGAGUGGGAACCAAGCAAGCGUCGACUGGUAAUCAAGUAUGGAGGAAUGGUUCACUGGAGUACUGGAGAGUUGAUGAAUAAUGCUGUUGGUUUCCAGUACAGAUCCUUUAGCAGAGGCUUCAGCGGUGACACCUUUAAAUUCGUUAACAUUUCAACCAAAGAUGAAGAGUAUUUUAGCUAUCUAUUCGGUGAAAAUCGUACCGCCGGUUGGAGAUUGGACAGCCGAGGCGUUUUGUACGAUGUGAUAGAUAAUCAAUUCAUCAUUGACGUGCGCAAUUGUUACGGGUAUGGGUAUGAAACUCAGCAAUCAAGAGGGUGCGAGUUUUGGGGAUGCAGGAGAGCUGGUCAGAGGUUUGAGGAAAGAUCUGGGACAUUUAUGAGAGACACUGAAGAUGGACGUCUAGUUAUCUAUGAAGACCCGACGCCUAAGAAUCCCGGUGGCAGCUCCGGUGACUGCAGGGAGAAUUGCUGGAACGACUGCGACUGCUUUGGUUACCGUGAUGAGGGCCUUGAGGGGUGGUGUGGGUACUGGAGGGGAACAGAUUUGCAAUUUGAGCAGGACAACAUUGGUAAUACAGAACGUCUAUAUGUUCUUGUAGAUAAGAGGAAGUCACAAAGUAAGAAGUGGAUAUGGAUUCUUAUACCCACGGCCACGGCAAUGUCCACUGUCCUGGUCGUCUUGCUUCUAUUGCGCUGGAGAAGGAGAAAUCGAGAAGAAGACAGGAAAGAACAAGAGCUGAAGGAAUUAUUGACAUUGGAGGAAUAUAGUGAUAUUCAUGAACUCAACAAUACCGAGAAUACCAGUCUCAGAGCUUUUAGUUAUACAUGGAUUGUUGCUACAACAAAUAACUUCUCAUUAGAUUGCAAAUUGGGACAUGGCGGUUUUGGAACGGUUUAUAAGGGUAUAACACCUGAAAGACAAGAAGUUGCUAUAAAACAAUUGUCAGAAACAUCAAAACAAGGACUAGUGGAGUUCAAAAAUGAGGUCGUGUUGAUAGCUAAACUCCAGCACACAAAUCUUGUGAAGCUGCUUGGUUUUUGCAUUCAUGGAGACCAAAAGAUGCUUAUUUAUGAGUUCAUGCCGAAUAAAAGCUUAGAUUUUUUCCUCUUUGAUCCAAAUCGAAAAGAGUACUUAACCUGGGGGAGACGUCUCAAUAUUAUUGAAGGGAUCGCACAAGGCUUACUUUACCUUCACAAGUAUUCAAGAGUUAGAAUCAUUCAUAGAGACUUGAAAGUCAGCAACAUACUACUUGAUGAGAAUAUGAAUCCAAAAAUUGCAGACUUUGGUAUGGCCAAGAUACUUAGGCAAAAUGUCACUGAAGCAAACACAAUGAGACGAGGUGGAACAUAUGGUUACAUGUCUCCCGAGUAUGCCAUGGAAGGUAUUUUUUCAACAAAGUCCGAUGUUUACAGUUUUGGAGUAAUAGUAUUGGAAAUUGUAAGUGGCAGGAAGAAUAAUGACUUCUACAAUGAAGAUGGCCCCCUGAAUUUGGUGGAAUAUGCCUGGGAGUUAUGGGAAAAAGACGCAGUGCUACAGCUCAUAGAUCCAGCAAUAAGCAUUUUGCGUGGCACUGAAGAAAAGUUGUGUAGAUGCAUAAAUGUAGGAUUACUAUGUGUAGAAUAUUUUGUAGCCGACCGACCAUCAAUGUCCGAUGUGAUUACCAUGUUAACUAAUGAAAAUAUGGCUUUGCGAAAGCCCAAAAAACCUGGAUUUGUCUCAAGAUGCAGUGUAGCAGACGAAAUUCAAGAAGGCAAGUCAGAGAAGUUCACAGUAAAUGAACUCUCUAUUUCAGCUAUGGAGGCAAGAUAUAAGUUUAAUGGGAAAGUUUGUAGGGGCAUUCAGUUGGAUUAUAUUGUUUGUGGCUAUAGCAGUGGCUGCAGUGAAAGUCAUACCGACACUCUGAAACAAGGUGACGCGUUGAAUUCCUCCUCUUUUCUUGUUUCAGCCAACAACAACUUCACCUUAGGGUUCUUCCAUCCGAAGAGAAGCAACAACACAUAUUUAGCAAUACAGUGCAGAGCAUGUAAUUGGAGUGAUCCGGUAUGGAUAGGCAACAGAGAAACGCCUCUACCCAUAAGUUCCCCCGCCACCCUUCAAAUAGAUGCUUCUGGGAGAUUAAUACUCACACAUACUGGUGAAGGGCAAGACAAUCCUUACCUGAUGCUUUCAUCAAAGCAAACUAGUCUUAAAGUGGAAGCAACUUUACUGGAUUCCGGCAACUUCGUACUCCGGGAGGUCAACUCCGACGGGGAGGAACUGUGGAGUAGUUUCGACAAUCCCACGGAUACCCUUUUGCCGGGGAUGAAGUUAGGAGUGAACCAUAGAACGGGUAGGAAUUGGACUCUAACAUCAUGGCAGGACGAUCAUAAUCCGGCGGCAGGGGCGUUUAGUCUCGAGUGGGAACCAACAAAGCGCCGACUGGUUAUCAAGAAUCGAGGAGUGGUUCGUUGGACCAGUGGAGAGUUGAUGAACGCUACAGAUUUCCAGCACGUAUCCAUUAACGGCUUUGCCGCCCACACCUUUAAAUACAUAAACAUUUCAACAAAAGAAGAAGAGUCUUUCAGUUAUGCAGUAACGCCUGCUCCAUUUUUAUCUCCCCAAGACACAAUAAAAAACCGUCUCGCUGGUUGGAGAAUGGACGCCGGAGGCUUUCUGGGCGACAUUAUAGGUUCUCGAGUUAUCAUUGACGUGAGAAAUUGUUACGGGUAUGAGAAUGAAGCUCAGCAAUCAAUAGGGUGCGAGUUAUGGGAGCAACCACCUUGCAGGGGUGGUGGGCAGACGUUUGAGGAAAGAUCUGGGACAGUAUUUAAGAGAGACACUGAAAAUAGAAUUAUAAUGGUCGACGGUGAGAUGACGCCUAAGAAUUCUAGUGGUAGCCCCAGUGACUGCAGGGAGAAUUGCUGGAACGACUGUGACUGCUUUGGUUACCGGAGCUACCCUGAUGAGGGGAGCUGUGGGUACUGGAGGGGAACAGAUCUGCAAUUUCAACAGGACAGGGCUGGUAAUACACCACAUCUAUAUGUUAUAAACCGUCCAGAUAAGGGUAAGCCACGAAGUAAGAUAUGGAUAUGGAUUCUUAUACCCAUGGCAACGUCCACUGUCCUGCUCGUCAUGCUUCUUCUUCGCCGGAGAGGGAGAAAACGAGAAGAAGUUAGGAAAGAACAAGAACUGAAGGAAUUAUUGACAUUGGAGGAAUAUAGUGAUAUUCAUGAACUCAACAAUACCGAGAAUAACAAUCUCAAAGCUUUUAGUUAUACAUGGAUUGUUGCUACAACAAAUAACUUCUCAUUAGAUUGCAAAUUGGGACAUGGCGGUUUUGGAACGGUUUAUAAGGGUAUAACACCUGAAAGACAAGAAGUUGCUAUAAAACAAUUGUCGGAAACAUCAAAACAAGGACUCAUGGAGUUCAAAAAUGAGGUCGUGUUGAUAGCUAAACUCCAGCACACAAAUCUUGUGAAGCUGCUUGGUUUUUGCAUUCAUGGAGACCAAAAGAUGCUCAUUUAUGAGUUCAUGCCGAAUAAAAGCUUAGAUUUUUUCCUCUUUGAUCCAAAUCGAAAAGAGUAUUUAACUUGGGAAAAGCGUCUCAAUAUUAUUGAAGGGAUCGCGCAAGGCUUACUUUACCUUCACAAGUAUUCAAGAGUUAGAAUCAUUCAUAGAGACUUGAAAGUCAGCAACAUACUACUUGAUGAGAAUAUGAAUCCAAAAAUUGCAGACUUUGGUAUGGCCAAAAUACUUAGGCAAAAUGUCACUGAAGCAAAUACAAUGAGACGCGGUGGAACAUACGGCUACAUGUCUCCCGAGUAUGCCAUGGAAGGUAUUUUUUCAACAAAGUCCGAUGUCUACAGUUUUGGAGUAAUAGUAUUGGAAAUUGUAAGUGGCAGGAAGAAUAAUGACUUCUACAAUGAAGAUGGCCCCCUGAAUUUGGUGGAAUAUGCCUGGGAGUUAUGGGAAAAAGAUGCAGUGCUACAACUCAUAGAUCCAGCAAUAAGCAUUUUGCAUGGCAUUGAAGAACAGUUGUGUAGAUGCAUAAAUGUAGGAUUACUAUGUGUAGAAUAUUUUGUAGCCGACCGACCAUCAAUGUCUGAUGUGAUUUCCAUGUUAACUAAUGAAAAUAUGGCUUUGCGAAAGCCCAAAAAACCUGGAUUUGUCUCAAGAUGCAGUGUAGCAGACGAAAUUCAAGAAGGCAAGUCAGAGAAGUUCACAGUAAAUGAACUCUCUAUUUCAGCUAUGGAGGCAAGAUAGUGCUUCAAUUUACUGCUACAUAAAAAUAUUUUGUUACAGUGUUACAUUAUAAAUUCAAACUAUCCAGAUAGAUAGAUUUUCAAUAAUUUAA